AUGUCCUCUCCUCCAAUCAAUCUGUCCAGCUGGCAAGUGGCCAUCGGCAUCUUUUUGUCGCUCACAUUCAUCAUCUUGAUCGAGAAAGUGUUUGGCAUCCAUGUCAACGUCCGCUUCAACAAAGGAGCCUCUAUGGCGGCCUUCCCCGGAUGGGCGCAGAUCCUUGGACCCGGCGAAACUCAGGCGGCCCUACUGCAUCGGUGGAUUGAAGCACACCGGAAUCCGGGUCAGCCUGCGCAACCAACCCCAGCCCCAGCCCCCGCGACCGCGCCAACCACGGCACAGAGCACUCAGCACCUGGGAUACACUGGUACCUUCAAGUCGAAGCAGCUGAUGGUGGACGCAUGA